CUUUAUCAACUAAGGAAUGAUCGAUCCGCGGCAGAAGUCAAUGGGCGCGUGUGAGAUGAUAAGACAGCUGAAGAAACUGAUUUUUUUAUUUAAUUGAAGUCAGGAACUGAAAGCUACCAUUUUUGUGGAUUAUUUUUGUUCUAUCGCAAACAAAGAAAAGGAGAAGGUAAAUGCUGACAAAUUCUCGCCAAUCUAUAACGUUCCCUCAGCACCUUCAAUGAAUUUAUAGUGACUUCAUAGCUUCCAGAAGCACCUUUGGUCUGGCCCAUCACUGUCAUGGACACCUUACAAGUCCUCGCCAUUUUGUUUCUCUUUUGUCUGGUUCCACACACUACAUGCACCUGCAGUGUGACCUGCUUCACCGACUACAUUGACUCUCUGAGCUGCUCCUGCUCAGACACUCUGACUUCCUCCUCCUUUGUCUUGGUGGCAGCUUGUAUGACCGAUGAUGAGGAAAUCUCUCAUGCUCAGUGUGAGAUGCAAGCACCCCGGCGCUGGUGUGACAUGACUGUGGGUGAUGGUUUUUUGGACAUGAGCAUGUUCUCCAGCUGCAAGGUCUGGGUCAAUAACGACACAACUGACUUUACUCAAGUGUACCUGAAAGCAAGUGUGAAACCUCAGCCCCCCUUCAAUGUGCAGCUACUGGGAAAUGAGAAUGCCUACAACCUCUCCUGGGAAAUGGUGUACACGCCGGAGGAAAACUAUUACCUCAAUUCCGAAUUGCAAUAUGAAGUGCAGAUAGGGGAAAAAGAGGCACCUCCAGAGGAGCAGAGAAAUUAUCCCAUCACAGACGACACGAGAUACCUCUCCAUUCCGGAUGCUGUUUUGAAGAAGGGGAAGAAUUAUGUUGCUAGGGUUCGGGCCCAAGUCCGACCGCAUACAUACUCUGGUUCCUGGAGUGAAUGGAGCCCCGCAGUUGAAUGGAAAACAAAGUCUGAAGAGGUGGACCAGUACAAGUUUUAUGGUUUUCUGUCACUCAUUCUGGUACCUUUUGUGCUCCUGUGCUACGUGGGGAAAAUACUGCAGAAGAAGCCCUACCUGCACUGUUACAUCCCCAGCCCUGAGGACUUUUUCAAGCCCCUCUACGUUAAGUACGACGGCGAUUUUAAGAAAUGGGUAGGCCCAAUCAGCACUCUCCCAGUGUUCGACCUGGAGAAGGACACCGUGGUGGCUGUCGUGAGUGACAAGCAGGGCUCCCUGGAGAAGCUGUGUAAGAUGGAGGCCAAGGACAGCAGCAAGGACAGCAAAGGGGGCCGUGACAAAGGCGACACCUCAUUCGUGAGUGUGUCCACCGGCGACUGCUCCAAGCUGUACUUCCCCGGGGCCUCAGGCCAGCUGACCGACAAAUCGACAGGCCACAUCUCCAUCGACACAGUCACAGUGUGGGGCGAGGAAGAGCAAGAUUACCCUGACAACACCCUGGGGGGUGAGGACCCAUACAGGGGCUGCCAAGGAAGCCACAACUGCUUUGACUACCCCGCCUGCGGCCUGGACGGGCCCUCCAGCCCGGAGCAGGAGGGGCUGCUGGGCUCGGCGACCAGGAGGUGCGACGUUAUUUCCUGCGGUCAUGUGUCCGCGGGCUACAGGAGGAGCCAGGAGCCGAGGCUGGGCCUCGAGGAGAGCUCGGCCAGCUUGCCAGCACAGGUCGGGCUCUACAACCUCUAUGGGUCCAGAGUGUGGCCGCUGGAGGCAGGAGACAAUGAGCUGGAGAGCCUCUCCCUGGAUUCGUAUGCUUCCAACGACAGAUCCGAAGAUGAUGGCUACCCAAGGGUGGGCUUGGAUUUGGACACCAUUGACAGCGGGUUUGCAGAAUCAGACUGCAGUAGCCCGGUCCAGUCGGACUUUGCGGACAAGGACCAAAUGAAUUCUGCCGUGUUAAAUGACCAGGAGCAUUGCACAAACUAUGUGAAACAGUGGGUUGCGUACACUUCAACAGCGUCUGGGGAAGGCUGCUCCUCUAGUUGAAGCAUGGGCCCAUGGACCUGGAACAUCUCUGCAGAACAGUGAGGUAUUGAGCUGUCUCUCAGCAGCCUGCCCUCUGCUUUACACACAUCUGUGGAUGUGACUGAGCCCAGAAGAGACAAUAAUGGACAUAAUCUUUUUUUUACAGUUACAAUUUGCAUGCAGGAAGAUAAGGUGCAAGUGUUGUUGGUGUCAGGUCUUUUCCCUUAUGGUUCAAACUGCACUUUUAAUUUGCAUUACUGCCUGCUUAUAUUUGCCAAUACCUUCAGAAUGUACUGCUACACUUUGCGAUCCCUCUGCUGUGGAAAAGAGGUAGAAACCAUUUCCCCCGAGCUGAGCUACCUGCUGUUUUUGACCUAAUGGGCAAGAAGAACUGUACUAACAAAACCCACAUGCUAAUCAGAAAUCCUUACUGACAGAAUGCAAUGUUUUUAGAGAUUACCACAGUAUUAAAUAACACAUACUGGUAUCUUUUUAGGCUUUUUAUACACAGUAUUAAGUAACUUUUUUAACUGUAUAGCUUGCUUGGGUUGAUUGAUUUGUUUGAUUUUCAGUGUUAUACACAAUGGAGGGACUCAUUCAUGUCUUUUCUCCAAUAUGGUACAAUAAAUAUCAAUUUACUCUACACUGAUUAACCCAGAGGUGGACUGGACUAACCACUGGUGAUCAAUCAGCAAUUGAAACAAACUGACAAACCAGUCAGGUGCUUUUGAAUGAUCUCUGUGAUAUUUAAUACAUCUUCAUAUUAUACUGCAACAUAAAACCAAACCUAUUAGAUUAAGAACUAUUGUUAUUCACCUUUGUCGUUUCUUGUUUUAUAUAUUACACAUUGAUCUGUUGCAAGCCUGUGUCUCUUACCUGUGUUGUAAGAGUGCCAUUAAGACUUUUCAAUGAUAUCACAAUGCUGUUAUGUUGGUAUCUCAUCCUUCCUCUUCUCAUAAUCUGGUCAAAAUGUCAUCUCUUUUAAUCUCUCUCGCAUUCAGUCACACAAAGGGGCCUGUCAGCCCUCAGCACACGCAAUGCUGUGGUUUCCAUGAAUAGGGCAGAGAAGCAAACUGAAACAUCAGGCUUAAGCCCAGGGAACCUCUGAGAAUGAAACACUGGACUGUGCUGAGGAUCAGUGCCAUCCAGACCCUUUUUCCCCAUUGAGAGUGAGACAUAAAGAUGAAAAUCCUUAUGUAGUUACACCCACAACUCUGUAAAUAUACAGUAGGCACUGGUACUAUUCGCAGCCUUACUAAUAAACAGUAGGCAGUGGUACUGUUCACAACCCUAGAAAUACACAGUUAUUCUUACAGCACAAGUAAGACUUGUAUGUUUAUAUACCUUUAGCUGAUGCAAGUGUAUUUUUAAAGACAGAAGGGAAAACCCUCAGUGACAUUAUCUUUGUGAUGUUGAGGUUCAUUAGUGUUUGUGUUAAUUUUAUUUGUUUCUUGUACUGGGUACUGAUACUACUGUAACUGACUCCUACAAACGUGGCACUUGCACGUGAACUUGCCUGGAUUCUGUCUUAAUUCUACAAGCUGGUUUUCUGACAUUGUUUUCCAGUGCAAAGACAUGCAAUGUCUUUUGGAGUGUACAAUGUAAAAUAAAGAUUGAUAAAACAA